UAUGAAAAGCUGCAGUGACUCAAGUCUGGACCUGGUAGACUUGAAGCAGAAAUCUUGAAAUAUGCCUUCUCAUUUAAAGGAAACAAACGCCUUGCAACUAGAAAGCUAGUGCAAUACGGAGAAGAGUUAAGGUUGGCAGCCUCGCCUUUGGCACUGCCAGUGUUUCCUGCCUUUGUAAAUGUGCAUGUUAGAAACUGAAAGUGCUCCAACUUUUGUAAUGCCCCGGAGAAGCAGAUGCAAACAAGCUUGGCCCUUUGGCAAGAAAAGAACAAACAGCCUUUAUCAGUCCUGACAUACAUCUGUGGUGGAUAUCUGACUUGUUUCCUUGCACUGUCAAAAACAGCAAAGCAUGCUGAAUGAACUUAUGGGGCGCUGUUUUGAAACCAAGUAGGGUUGCUUCAGCAGCCAGUGACUCAGAUAUCUGGGAGAGGCUAACGUGCAUUCAGCUAAUUGUUCCCUCAGCUGUAACACAGAAAAUUAAGAGGAUCAACCUGGGAGUCGCUAACAGUGAGGUUCUUGGAUCGAGAUGAAUCUCCUGGGAAUCUCUUUGCUCCUGGGGCACUGCACAGUCGCUUCUACAAGCACAGGCUCCUUUUGGCAUAUUACAGACCUCCAUCUAGACCCCCACUACCAAGCAGUGCCAGACCCUCUGGGGGUGUGCCCAUCUUCUGGCUCCCAACCAGUGGCCAGUGCAGGGGCUUGGGGUGAUUACUUGUGUGAUGCUCCGUGGAUUCUGGUCAACUCUUCUGUCUAUGCCAUGAAGAACAUCCUUCCUAACCCGGAUUUCAUUCUGUGGACUGGGGAUGAUACCCCACAUGUAUCGAAUGAAAAACUGAGCGAAAAAGCCGUGCUGGAUAUAAUUGAACAACUAACUAACUUGAUCAAGCAGGUAUUUCCAGACACUCAGGUCUAUCCUGCAAUGGGCAACCAUGAUUUCCACCCCAAAAACCAGCUGCCAGCUGAGAACAACGCAAUCUACAGUGGAGUAGCAGAACUGUGGAAACCAUGGCUGAGCAACUCAUCUGUGCUUACAUUCAAAGAAGGUGCUUUCUACAGCGAAAAGCUGCACGGUUCUGGCCCAACAAGGCGCAUGGUUGCCCUCAACACGAACCUGUAUUAUGAGAGUAACAAUCAAACCAUCAGUUCUGAGGACCCAGGAGGCCAGUUUCAGUGGCUGGAGGAGACUCUUACUAAUGCAUCGAAAGCGGGAGAAAAGGUCUAUAUUAUAGGGCAUGUCCCACCCGGUUUCUUUGAAAAGAAACGAGGAAAGCCCUGGUUCCGAGAGCGCUUCAAUCAACGAUAUGCAGAAAUAAUUCAGAAGCACCAUGCAGUGAUUGUGGCACAGUUCUUUGGGCAUCAUCACACUGAUAGCUUUAGAAUGUUUUACAGUGACGGAGGUACUCCGAUAAGUGUCAUGUUUUUAGCUCCAGCAGUCACACCCUGGAAGACAACCUUGCCUGGAGUGCACAAUGGAGCCAAUAAUCCUGGCAUCCGUGUCUUUAAGUAUGAUCGAGAGACCCUUCUGCUCAAGGACAUGGUGACUUAUUAUCUAAACCUCACCCAUGCCAACUUGGGCACCCCCAAAUGGGAAAAAGAGUACAGCCUAACAGAAGCUUUCCAAAUCCCCGAUGGCUCGGUCCAGUCCAUGCAUCUGUUACUAAAGAAACUCUCCAAAGACAACAGCCAGCUUCAGCAGUAUUACCGGUUUAACUCAGUUCUGUAUGACCUCACGGACUGUGACGGCAGCUGCCAGACCGACCACAUCUGCGCCAUCCAGGAAGUCGGUUUUGCAAAAUACAACCAGUGUGUUGAAGCCAGAAGUGCUGCAGCGGCAUCUUCAGUCCCACCAUUGGGCCUGCUGGUCUUUUGCUCAGCUGUGGGACUCCUUACUCUUGGACUCUGGAGUAUCUUGAACAAACAGGAACACAAACGGGGCAAUGGGGAUUCUACACAGAUAAAGGGAAAGCGUGGAAUUUAACACCAGCACCCAUUAAAACAGACAAGGAGCAGCAGUGGCGUAGGAGGUUAAGAGCUCAUGUAUCUAAUCUGGAGGAACCGGGUUUGAUUCCCAGCUCUGCUGCCUGAGCUGUGGACGCUUAUCUGGGGGAUUCCGAUUCACA